GAAGGUCGCGGCUCCGCGCUGCGCCCGGCCGGGGCGGGUGGCAGGCCGCGAAGGCCGGCCGGGGCGGCGUGAGGGGCGGUGUGAGGGGGCAGGGCUGUGCCGCUCCCGCCCACGGCGCUCCGGGCGCGCAGCGGGGCUCAGUCGCCAUGAGCGGCCUGUGGAGCGCGGCGGGCCCGGCGCGGCAGGGCUGGCUCUGGGGGGCGGCGGCGCUGCUGGCCCUGGGCGCCGUGCUCGGGGCCUGGCGCUGGGCCGGCCCGCGCCGCCGCCGCCGCCUGCAGCGGGUCGGGACGGUGCUCCGGCUCUUCGUGUACCCGGUGAAAUCGUGCCGGGGGGUAUCGGUGCGGCGGGCGCAGGUGACGCCGAUGGGGCUGCGCAGCGGGGAGCUGAGGGACAGGUUCUGGCUCGUGAUCAGGGAGGACGGGCACAUGGUGACAGCUCGCCAGGAGCCGCGCCUCGUCCUUAUCUCUGCCACCUGUGAAAACGGCCACUUGGUCUUGGAGGCCGGGGACAUGGAGAAGAUAAGCGUGCCUGUAAAGCUCUCCAAGAAAAAUCCCGUCCGCAACUGCAGGGUGUUUGGACAGGAUAUCCAAGGCAGAGACUGUGGUGAUGAAGUUGCUCAAUGGCUCACCGCCUUCCUGAACUCUGAGCCCUGUCGACUGGUGCACUUUGAGCCCUCCAUGGUGCCAAGAAAGUCAAAGGACACAAUAGCUCUUUUCCGAAACACAGAUGAGGUCGCGUAUCCUGACUGCAGUCCAGUCUUGAUCAUCUCCGAAGCUUCAAUGGAUGAUCUAAAUACCAGGCUGGAAAAGAAAGCUAAGAUACAGAACUUCAGGCCAAAUAUUUUUGUAACAGACUGCAGUGCUUUUGAGGAGGACACCUGGGAGGAUAUUCUUAUUGGUGAUGUGGAAAUGAAAGGGACCGUGUGUUGUGGCAGGUGUAUUUUAACAACUGUUAAUCCAGACACUGGGGUCAUUGACAGAAAGGAGCCCUUGGAAACAUUGAAAAGUUACCGCUUAUGUGACCCAUCUGAGAAACACAUUUACAAAACCAGCCCUCUCUUUGGGAAAUACUUUGCUGUUGACAAAACUGGAACAAUUCAAGUUGGAGACCCUGUGUACAAGAUGGUCUGGGAAUGAAGGAGACUUUGAUCAGAAGAUGCUUUUUCACUUCGAUAUGCAGAUUUUUUUUCCAUGUACACAGUCGCCAGCAUAACUUUUUCUUCUUCCUUGCAAUAUUUUUUGUGCUUUUUAAGGUGCAGGAGGUUCUUUGACACUGUGAAGUGCCAGUCAUUUCAGAUCACGUAGUCUUCUGGCAUACCUGUAGUAACCACAUCUUUAGAUCUUUAGUUUUCCUGGAGGCUGUGGUAGAAGAAACUGAUCCAUAACAGACUUCACAGCACUACUGCAUAUCACACCUCCUAAAAUUUUGUGUCAACCAUAAUAUUGGAAUCCAAAUUUGUGUGCAAGAGUUUGCAUCACAUGUUAGAUACAUUUAGUGCCUAUAAAGAACCACAAAAACAGUCAUGCCAAGCACAAAGUGUAUUUGUCUUUACAGACAGAGCUGCCUUUACAAGUGAUCAUGGAGUGCAGAUGGCAGGGCUCUGCUUCCCUCAUUUGGUCCUAAUCAUCUUGCCCUGUGUAUGUCCAGAGGUAGUUUUUAGCAGUGUUUGUUUCCUUGCAGUUGUUUCCUGAAGAUUGCUGCUGUCUCUUGAGAUUGGAGCAAUAUCAGAAAGAUUGUGAGCUGACUAUUUAGUCCGGUGUAGAGGUGGAGGUGCCAGGUAAUGAUGUGUAAGGCUGUGGGCUUGUUUAGUUUGUGACUUCGGCUUGACAGUUUGAACUGUCAAUUUUUAUCCUGUGAACAAAACAGUAACACUGAGGCUAUAGAGUAGUGAUGCAUUUGCUAACAUAACAGUAGAAUUUCCAGUUUGACUAAAAGAACUGGAUGUUCACUCUGUCAGAGACUUCAUGGGCAUUGGAGGGGAAGAAAAGCCCUAGGAAAUGAUCUGAUGUUGAGCCUGCCCUGUUCAAGCUGCUGUCCAGGCCAAUACUGUAGGGCUCAUGCACAGCUCCACUCUGGCUCAGUGAAUCCCUUUAUGUAGACAGUUAGGCUGCUAAGCAGAUGUUUGGGAAGCUGCAGUUUGAGCAUGUUAACAUCCUUACUGGUUCUACAUUUAAAUCUCUGGUUGUCCCCCAGUCCAGCUCCAAUAUAACCAAAAUGUCAGCUGUUUGUCGGAAGCUGACAAUUAUAUUUUCUGCUGCAUAAAACAAAUAAGGGAGAAAACUAGUUGAAUUACAGCAAUGUUAUCUUUAAAUUGUAACAUUCUUUAAAUGUUACAUGAUUUUUUUUUUUUUAAAGUAGCCUCGAGGACAAAAGCCAGCCAUCUUUCGAAUGCUUGUCUGCUUGUUUCUUGUUUAUGGAUUACUAAAUUUGAAAAGUGUUGCCCCUAGCCUAAAAGAAGAAGCAAAUUUAUUGUGAAGAAGGACAAAUAUGAUCCUAUCUGAUGUUUAGAUUCAUCAUUUUCUGUUGUAAGUAUGAAAAGGGAAUUUCAGUGCAUGUUCACAACUCAGACCUGUAAAAUGAAGAGCCAUUGAGCUUUGAGAAAGUGCAGGUGGAUGUAUGUGGUAAGGCUGAAGCAGUCAUGUUGAGCCGGUAGUUUUCUAUUAUUUGUGAACUCAGAGUUGCUCUGAAUGCCAUUUUGUUGGCAGGGGUGCUCUGUAAGUAUUAAGUUUUCCUGGGACAGACAAGUGCCCAGUUUAAAGUGCAUGUUGCAUAUUUGUGUAUUGUUAUGCCUGUUACAGCAGCCAGUGGGAAGAAGUGAAAGAAAAAUCUUUUAAAAAGAAAAAUAAUUCCGUGAUUCACUCUUAAAAAGCACAUGUUGGAAGUUCUUAGUGUUAGAAGCUGAAAGCUUGUGGAAUUCCUAAUGGUAUCAUUAAGCACAGGCAGCCUGCUGGCCUGCCAAAGCAAUUAGUUAAGAGUGUGUCUCUUCAUUAAGUCACAGAAGCGGAAGGAAAAAGCUGAUUUUUUUGCUUCUGGCCAAACACAUUUUUUCCACUGUUAUUCUAGUGGCACAUCUUUUACAUAACACAAAUCAUGGUAUAGAUCCCAUUGCCCCUCAUUAGGCUGCUGUUGAUUGGGCUGAUUUGGAAAUGGGGCUGUCUUUGGAAGAAGAAACUGCCAUCUGCAUCCCUGUUUCGGAGAGGCCAUAGAUCUAACCUCCUGAUUUACUCCUGUUAAGCCUCUUAGUAGAAUAUGGCUGGAAUCCUAAAACUGGUCUGCAUGGGGGGGUGACACUCAAAUCAAUUGUAUGGCCAUUUUGUAAAGCUGAGAGCAUGAGUUAGAACAUUGCACUGUAAAUAUCCUCGUAUGACUGUUGAUUUGCUGUAACUGUAGGAAUUGUGUUUGAUUUUCUUUAAGUAAUUUAGAAAAUUGACUGAAAAUGUGUCAAUCAUGAGUCACUGUUUUUUAAAUUGUGUACUUAAACAAUUGUUAAUUUUUUAAUUCUAGAAGAAGAAAACAAAAGUAUAAACUUCUAAUGAAUUCAGCUUUCUUAAGGCGUAACAUUUGUUUGUGAAUAUUUUUUGUUUUCUGCUUCAGCAUUUAAUUUUGACUAUGGUUAGCAGGAUCUCAUAGUUAAAACUGACGAUUGUCUUUUUUAAUCCUACCUCUGAAUUCAGAAAUAUAUGCAGUUAACCAGAGGAUAUGUGUAAGAGAGCAGAACCAUUAGAUAUAAAUAGUCAUCAGACUCAGUUUUGCAUCCCUUAUGAUCCUAGAUAAGUGUGCUGGUUUUGCAUUAAUUGAUAUUUGGUAAGGAGGGAAGAAAAAAAAGAUGUUUAUAGACUUGACUUUUUUUUUUCCUAGGGACGUAUUAAAAUAGAGGAAAAGUAUGAGAGUUUACUCAAGUCAAUCCAUGUCAUAUCUCAGAGUAUAAUACCAAAAACUUUUUAUUACAGCAUUUAUUGUACCAAUAGUUCUUGCAGAGGACUAUGUACAAGAAUGACAGUUGUUAAAAGCAGAAAUUUCUAGAUUGCUUAAGAUCUGUGGUGGGUACAUGUUCAUCCAAGAAAACCUGAGAAAGAUCUGCUUCUGCUUUCUGAGGAGAAAAACAGCCUUCCAAAGGCACCACUCUGCUGCUCUGUAAGAAGACGAGAUUUACAAAUCUUGCCUCUACAAAUUGCAAAAAUUUCAAAAAGGGCUGGC